AUGCAGGGGGCGCGGCACGUCGUGUGCGCCGUGUCGGGCGGGGUGGACAGCGCCGUGGCCGCGCUGCUGCUGAGGCGGAGAGGUUACCAGGUGACAGGGGUGUUUAUGAAGAACUGGGACUCGCUGGAUGAGCACGGAGUUUGCACGGCUGACAAAGACUGCGAAGAUGCUUACAGAGUUUGCCAAAUCCUAGACAUCCCCUUCCAUCAAGUGUCCUACGUGAAGGAGUAUUGGAAUGAUGUGUUCAGUGAUUUUUUAAAUGAAUAUGAAAAAGGAAGAACUCCCAAUCCUGACAUAGUCUGCAACAAGCGUAUCAAAUUCAGUUGUUUUUUUAAUUACGCUGUGGAUAAUCUUGGAGCAGAUGCAGUUGCUACGGGUCACUAUGCAAGAACGUCCCUGGAAGAUGAAGAGGUCUUUCAGCAGAAGCACGUUAGGAGGCCAGAAGGGCUUUUCAGAAAUCGAUUUGAAAUUAGAAAUGUGGUAAAACUUCUCCAAGCAGCUGACAGCUUUAAAGACCAGACCUUCUUUCUCAGCCAGGUUUCCCAGGAUGCCCUGAGGAGAACGCUCUUCCCCCUGGGGGGAUUAACAAAAGAUUUUGUAAAGAAAAUAGCUGCUGAGAAUAGACUUCAUCAUGUGCUUCAGAAAAAAGAGAGCAUGGGCAUCUGUUUUGUUGGUAAAAGAAAUUUUGAAAAUUUCAUCCUUCAGGUGAGUGGUUUUUGAUGCAAAAGGAUGGAGCCACGUUUCUGCUCUGGACCUGGAUCUGUUAGUAAUGAAGCAUUUGUUUUCCAGUAUUUACAGCCUCGACCUGGUAAAUUUAUUUCUAUAGAAGACAAUAAAGUUCUGGGAACGCAUAAAGGUUGGUUCCUGUAUACUUGGGGCCAGAGAGCCAGCAUCGGCGGCUUACGAGAGCCCUGGUAUGUGGUGGCGAAGGAUGGCGCCAGGGGCGACGUGCUCGUGGCCCCCCGGAGAGACCACCCGGCCCUGUACAGGGACCUGCUGCGGACCGGCCGCGUGCACUGGGUGGCUGAGGAGCCGCCCGCAGCCCUGGUCCGCGACAAGAUGAUGGAGUGCCACUUCCGGUUCCGCCACCAGAUGGCGCUAGUGCCCUGCGUGCUGACCCUCAAUCAAGACGGCACUGUGUGGGUGACGGCCGUGAAGGCUGUGCGGGCUCUCGCCCUGGGACAGUUCGCUGUGUUCUACAAAGGGGGUGAGUGCCUGGGCAGUGGGAAGAUCCUGCGCCUGGGGCCAUCCGCCUACACACUCCAGAAGGGCAGGAGCAGACCCGAUGUGGCCGUGGAGGGCUCCAGCAUUGGCCGGGGUGACAGCCCGGGCCGGGGGCCCACGCUCUGA